AUGACUGGUCCCCCAGGAGACGAUCCAACUCUAAUUCACCCAGACGAGGCAGUCGAUAAUGAUGAUGCGGAUUCUACCUACGGCGCGGACGAGAGCUUGAGGCUUGAACUCCAGCAUCAUAUGUUCACCCUGACAUACGAUGGCCAACUGUACGUCUCUCCAGCUGCCAAGGAUAAGCCCGUGAGCCGUGUGCUCGAUUGUGGAACGGGAACGGGCAUAUGGGCAAUCGACUUUGCCGAUGAGCAUCCCGAUGCAGCAAUAAUCGGAGUCGACCUGAGCCCCACACAACCUGCCUUUGUUCCUCCAAAUGUAAACUUUUACGUCGACGACCUUGAAGAAGAAUGGGUCUACUCGUCCAAAUUCGACUUCAUCCACGCCCGCAUGCUCACAGGCUCCAUCGCCGACUGGCCCAAACUCUUCAAGCAAAGCUUCGACAACCUCGAACCCGGCGGCUGGUUCGAAGUCUCCGACAUCACCUUCCCCCUCCAGUGCGACGACACCUCCUUCCCCGAGACGUGUGAACUCAGCAAGUGGUCCGACCUCAUGAUGGAAGCCUCGAGGAACCUAAAACGUCCGCUCGAUAGCGCAUAUUCGUAUAAGAAGCAGCUUGAGGAAGCGGGGUUCGUGAAUGUUGUUGAGAGGAGGUUUAAGUGGCCGCAUAACCACUGGCCCAAGAAUAAGAAGUACAAGGAGCUAGGGACAUGGGCUUGCGAGAACAUCGCGAAUGGCGCUUCCGGUCUAAGUUUGGCUCUUUUCACAAGAGGCCUGGGUUGGUCGGCCGAGGAAGUCGAGGUGUUCCUUAGCGGUGUGAGGAAAGACAUGAGGAAUGUGCGGAUGCACACCUACUACACCAUUAUCGUGGUUUAUGGGCAGAAGCCGGAGGAGGCGGCCGAUUCGGCUGCUGCGCCGCAGGCUGCUUGA